AUGGGCUUUCAAAUACAAACAAACACAGAAGGAUAUUGCUGGACAAGAACAGGGGAGAGACAAGCAUCAAGAAUGAGAGAGAAGUACUUAAGAGCAGUAUUAAGGCAAGAUGUGGGUUACUUUGAUCUUAAUGUUACAAGCACGUCUGAUGUUAUCACAACAGUCUCUAGUGACAGCCUCGUUAUCCAAGACGUCCUCAGUGAAAAGCUUCCAAAUUUUUUGAUGAAUGCAUCGGCGUUUGUCGCAAGCUACAUAGUGAGUUUCAUCAUGCUGUGGAGACUCACCAUCGUAGGCUUCCCAUUCAUCGUCCUCCUCUUGAUCCCUGGACUGGUGUACGGACGAACCCUCAUCGACGUCUCGAGGAAAAUACGCGAAGAGUACAAUGAAGCUGGUUCUAUUGCCGAGCAAGCCAUCUCAUUGGUGAGAACCGUGUACGCAUUUGGUAGUGAGAGGAUGAUGUUAUCGAAAUUCUCAGCUGCGCUUCAAGGCUCGGUGAAGCUAGGGCUGAAACAAGGACUAGCUAAAGGAAUUGCCCUUGGGAGCAAUGGCAUUUCUUACGCCGUUUGGGGUUUCAUGACUUGGUACGGAAGUCGCAUGGUUAUGGACCAUGGCGCCAAAGGCGGUACCAUCUUUGCAGUCAUCGUAUGCAUAUCUUUUGGCGGCACAUCACUUGGUCAAGGUUUGUCGAAUCUCAAAUGUUUUUCAGAGGCUGUUGUAGCAGGGGAAAGGAUUACCAAAGUAAUGAAAAGAGUUCCGGUUAUUGAUUCGGACAACCCAAAAGGUCAAAUCCUAGAGAAGAUCAGAGGGGAAGUCCAAUUUAAGCACGUGAAAUUCAUGUACCCGUCUAGACCAGAAAUCCUAAUCUUUGACGAUUUAUGUUUGAGAAUUCCAUGUGGGAAAACUGUGGCUUUGGUGGGCGGAAGUGGAUCGGGAAAAUCAACCGUGAUCUCACUUUUACAGAGGUUCUAUGACCCAACCGCAGGAGAGAUUCUCAUAGAUGGUGUGUCCAUUGAUAAGCUUCAAGUGAAGUGGUUGAGGUCGCAAAUGGGUCUAGUUAGCCAAGAGCCAGCGCUCUUCGCCACAACGAUAGAGGGGAACAUAUUGUUUGGUAAAGAGGACGCAUCCAUAGAUGAAGUAGUGGAAGCUGCAAAGGCUUCAAACGCUCAUAACUUCAUUUCUCAGUUUCCUGAUGGUUACAAAACUCAGGUUGGAGAGAGAGGAGUACAAAUGUCAGGGGGUCAGAAGCAGAGGAUCGCAAUCGCACGUGCAAUAAUCAAAUCACCAACGAUUCUCCUACUAGACGAGGCAACAAGCGCAUUGGACUCAGAAUCCGAAAGGGUAGUCCAAGAAGCCUUAGACAAUGCCUCUCUCGGCCGUACAACUAUUGUUAUUGCCCAUCGCCUCUCUACCAUUCGUAAUGCUGAUCUCAUCUAUGUAGUCCAUAAUGGUCGCAUUGUAGAAACUGGAUCACACGAAGAGCUCAUGGAGAACUUAGAUGGUCAUUAUACUUCAUUAGUCCGCUUACAGCAGAUGAAGAAUGAAGAAUCAGAUGUUAACAUCAGUAGUGUUAGUGUGCAAGGGGAUCAAUUCUCAAUUUUGAGCAAAGAUGUGAAGUAUAGUCCAACUCCUUCUAAUCGAAGCCAGUGUAACUUGUUAAAGACUUCAAGCAUUAAAACAAAUCUUCCUAAGGAAAAGAAGCCGCCUGUGCCAUCGUUUAAGAGACUGAUGGCAAUGAAUAAACCAGAGUGGAAACAUGCAUUGUGUGGCUGCUUAAGUGCAGCCUUACAUGGAGCAGUACAACCGAUUUAUGGAUAUGCUUCAGGAUCAAUGGUAUCAGUGUAUUUCCUAACGAGCCAUGACGAGAUGAUGGCAAAAACAAGGAUCUACGUGUUGUGUUUUGUAGGCCUAGCUCUCUUCUCCUUCUUGAUCAACAUCACUCAACACUAUAGUUUUGCUUACAUGGGCGAGCACUUAACAAAACGUGUUCGAGAAAAGAUGCUCUUGAAGAUAUUGACCUUUGAGAUCAAUUGGUUCGAUGAAGAAGAGAACUCAAGUGGCGCAAUUUGCUCAAGACUUGCAAAAGAAGCAAACUUGGUGAGAUCGCUGGUCGGUGACCGUAUAUCAUUAUUAGUACAAGCCCUAUCUGCAGUGAUCAUAGCUUGCACACUUGGUUUAGUCAUCGCUUGGAGAUUAGCCAUAGUGGUGAUUGCGAUGCAGCCACUUGCUGUCGUGUGCUUCUACGCUCAACGCGUUCUUCUCAAAACCAUCUCCAAAAAGGCAAUCAAAGCGCAAGACGAGAGCAGCAAACUAGCCGCGGAAGCUGUCUCCAACAUCCGAACCAUCACAUCUUUCUCGUCGCAAGAACGGAUCUUGAAACUACUCAAAACGUUUCAAGAAGGUCCACGUAGAGAAAGCGUACGCCAAUCUUGGUUAGCAGGGACUGUGUUAGGCACUUCACGAAGCCUCGCAACAUGCACUUCGGUUCUGAAUUUCUGGUACGCCGGUACACUAAUCGCCGAUGGGAAGAUCACACCAAAGUCGUUCUUUGAGAUAUUUAUAAUCUUUUUGAGCACUGGUCGGAUUAUUGCCGACGCUGGGACCAUGACGACGGAUCUAGCCAAGGGCUCAGAUGCGGUUGGGUAUGUGUUCACGGUGUUAGAUCGCUGCACAGCCAUUGAGCCGGAGAACCAAGAUGGGUAUCUCCCGGAGAAGAUUAAGGGACUAAUCAGAUUUGAUAAUGUGGACUUUGCUUACGCCAUCCGACCAAAUAUGAUUAUAUUCAAAGACUUCUCCAUUGAGAUCGAAGAAGGGAAGUCGACGGCGAUCGUGGGUCCAAGCGGGUCAGGUAAAUCCACAAUCAUAAGUUUGAUCGAACGGUUUUACGACCCGGUGAAAGGUGUUGUGAGAAUCGACGGUCGCGAUAUAAAGUCGUAUCAUUUGAGAUCGCUUCGUCAACACAUAGCUCUUGUUAGCCAGGAGCCAACGUUAUUCGCCGGGACGAUCCGAGAGAACAUAAUGUACGGAGGAGCAUCCGACAAGAUCGACGAGUCGGAGAUCAUCGAGGCGGCUAAGGCAGCGAACGCUCACGAUUUCAUUACAUCGCUAACGGACGGCUACGAUACGUACUGCGGAGACAGAGGAGUACAAUUGUCCGGUGGUCAAAAACAGAGGAUUGCGAUCGCUCGUGCGGUUCUGAAGAACCCGUCGGUGUUGCUCCUCGAUGAAGCGACGAGCGCUUUGGACAGCCAAUCGGAACGUCUGGUACAAGACGCGCUCGAGCGUAUCAUGGUCGGGAGGACGAGUGUCGUGAUAGCACAUAGGCUUAGCACGAUCCAAACCUGCAACGCGAUCGCCGUUUUGGACAAAGGGACAGUGAUCGAAUGUGGGGACCACUCGUCCUUGUUGGCAAAGGGUCCCACGGGUGCUUAUUUCUCAUUGGUCAAUCUCCAGAGAAAUCUCUAUUAAAUGUCCGUCCCAUUGUUUUAGUUAUUUUUUUGGACGUGUAUUCGAUCGAACGCAUGCACAUAGCCAAUAUAAGCAAGUGAUGUUAUUUGUUAUGCGUCAUACUUUAGUGAAAGCAAGUGAUGUAA